AUGCAAUCAACCUUGACAAACCAAAAUUUUAAUAUUCAAAAUGAUUUAAUUCAAAAUCAAAAUCAAGAUAGAACUUCUGCUCCAAUCCCUUCUUUAUGUCAAAUUCACAUUCAUCAAGAUUUAUCAUCAACAUCGUCCGUGUUGUCAACUUGUAAUGAUAAUAAUAAUGCAUUAACAAAUGUUUCCACAAAUAAUAAUGUAUCCACAGAUUUCAACUCAAAUGUAACAAAUAUUUCUUCACGAAAUGGACUACUUCCGUCAAUACCACCAAGAGCACUUGCUCGUUCGAAUAUUACUACAUCAAUAUUACCAUUAGAUUACUUACCUUCCUACUCGAUAGUAGUAGGAGACAUGCCGCCGGAGUAUCCAUUAGAUCAAGACCCACUUCUUGAUUCACCUCAAAAUUAUAAUCAUCCAAGAAUCGAUGAAGCAUUAUUUGUCGAACCGUUGAUUUAUCUGGCUCCAGUAGAACCACAACAAUAUUGGCCUAUUACCAAAAGACUUUAUAUUUAUGGCUUUAUAAUAUGGCCACUUUGGAUAAUUGGUUCAUUUUUCGUUUUAUUUGGUAAUGAAUAUAAAGUUAAAAAACAAGAAACAAACUCGAGUGAAGGAGGAAGUGAUACUAAAUUUAAUACUGGAAGAUUAAAGUGGGCCAAAAGAUGUUUAUUUAAUUUUUUAAUCUUGGCUUCUGUUUCUAUUUAUAUUGGUGUCGCUCUUAGUAAAAGUAAAGGAAAGCUUUAUUAA